GUUAUGUCUUGAAGUUAAUGCAGUGUACUUCUACGUGACGAAGUCUCACACUUCUUUCUCCAAAGUCCACCAGCAUGUCUGAGUCCGAGGUUAUCAAAGUUGGCUCUCGCAAGAGCAAGCUAGCAAUGAUUCAGACAAACUUUGUGAUAAACAGGCUGAAAGAACUGCAUCCUCAUUUGAAUUUUGAAAUAGAGUCCAUGGACACCAUUGGUGACAAAGAACUGCACAAACCCCUGCCGAAAAUAGGUGAAAAAAGUCUCUUCACCGCUGAAUUAGAGAUUGCACUGAAAGAGAAGAGGGUUGAUUUUGCUGUUCAUUCACUGAAAGAUUUACCCACCACUUUACCGGAAGGUUUAGUUUUAGGAGCUGUAUGUAGGCGAGAAGAUGCAAGAGAUGUUGUUCUCUUAAAUGGAAAGUAUGAAGGCAAAAAGCUGAAGGAACUUCCAGAAAGAAGUGUUAUUGGCACAAGUUCACUCAGGAGGACUGCUCAACUUCGCCGCAACUAUCCUCAAUUCACCGUAGAAAAUAUUCGGGGCAAUCUUGAGACAAGAUUUAGAAAAUUGACCUCGGAAGAAAACAGCUAUGCUGCUAUUAUUUUAGCAUCUGCAGGUGUUAAAAGAAUGGGAUGGCUGGAUCGUAUUGGACAGGUCUUAGAUGGAGAGGAAAUGCUUUUCGCUGUUGGGCAGGGAGCUCUUGGAGUUGAGUGUCGUGAAAAUGACCCAAAAACCCUAUCAUUAUUGGAAUCACUGCAUGAUUUUGAAACUGUCUGCUGUGUCAUUGCUGAAAGAAGUUUUCUACGAAAACUAGAAGGAGGUUGUUCGGCUCCUGUCGGUGUUUACUCAAAAUUCAGUAAUAAUACGAUUCAAUUUGUUGGUGCUGUUUGGAGUUUAAAUGGGAAGAAAGAGCUGAAGCUUGAAGAAAAAUUG